AAAAGACACUGAGGAAAUCUUGUGAAGGUGGGGCUGGUGAGCAAGGAGCACCCAGGCGUGGUGGCCGUUUCUGCGGUCAGUGCUGUGGCAGGCUGUGUGAGCUGAGGACAUCAGUGUAAGUCUCUGUGUGUGCGUUUGUCUCCUCCCUUGGGCUGAGAGCUCCUGGGGGCCAGCACUGGUGUGUGGCGUGUGGCUGCCACCUUGCAGUCACUCUGCUUAAUGGCUGUUGUCCCUCAGGUGCUUCCUCUUCUCCAUGUGGACUUGAGUCUCAUGAAUAAGAUGGAGAGGAAAUAGUGAUGGUUCCCAAGUCACUGGGGGACAAAGCACUGAACACGGUCCCUUCCCGGUAAACGUGGGAUGAUGACUUUAGGAGACUGGCACACCACCCCUCCCUUUUGAGCAACAUUUGUUGAAUGAAGGAGUGAAUCGCCUUUGACUGCCUAGCAUUUUUUUUACUUUAGGUAAUGUUUACGUAGUUGAUCAGGUUGGGAAGAGUCUAGGUUUCUGCCUAGGAUUUUAUUCAAAGUGUUCCUUGUGAAGUUGUAACAUGGUGGUGUGACUUUCCGCAGGGCGGCUCCUCCCGUAAACUCUGGCUGAAGGGAAGGGAAUUCUAGGGGCCAGGCCGACACCAUGGAGCUCCCCAACUACAGCCGGCAGCUGCUGCAGCAGCUCUACACACUGUGCAAAGAGCAGCAGUUCUGUGACUGCACCAUUUCCAUUGGCGCCAUCUACUUCAGGGCUCACAAGCUCGUCCUGGCGGCUGCCAGCCUCCUGUUCAAAACCCUGCUGGACAGCACAGAUACCAUCUCCAUCGACGCGAGCGUGGUGAGCCCCGAGGAGUUUGCCCUCUUACUGGAGAUGAUGUACACUGGCAAACUGCCUGUGGGCAAGCACAACUUCUCCAAAAUCAUCUCGUUAGCCGACAGCCUGCAGAUGUUUGAUGUGGCCGUGAGUUGUAAAAAUCUUCUGACCAGCCUUGUAAGCUGCUCUGUCCAGGGUCAGGUGGUGAGAGAUGUCUCCCCAUCAGCCUCUGAACCGUCCAGGAAGGAACCGGAGAAGCCUCAAGUAGAAGUUCCUUCCUCGGAAAGUGCUGCAGAAGCUCCUCCGCUGGAAGUUUCUGCCACUCCAAUGGCCCCUGUGAAAGCUGAGUCAGAAGAAGCAGCACCAGCAGCUCCCCAGGGGACGAGCAUGGACCCUGCCGGAGUCCAGGAGGUUGAGGGCGAUGCUGGGACCCCGUCGGAGCCUCCUGCGACAGCCGAAGUUUGUUCCCCAACUCCUAGUGUACAGAGCUCCAGCGUAGAAGAGCGGGCAAGCACAGAACCAGAGUGUAAGAGGAAGCAUUGUCAGCUGGAUUUCCUUCUAGAAAAUCAAAGUGUCUUCUCAGAUGCACUCUUGGUUACUCAGGAUGUUUUGAAAAAACUAGAAGAAUGCUCAGAAAUUAAAGGCCUGCAGAAGGAGACCUUAAUGGAAUGUCUUAAGGGUGAAGGGCACUCAGCAUUUCAGAGAAUCCUGAGUAAAGUAAGAGAAGAGAGCCUGGAUGUUUCCACGGUUACGUCCCUGCUGAGGCUGUACCAGGAUUCUAAUCCUGCAGUCAAGACAGCACUGUUACACAGAAAGCCCAAAGAUGCAGGACCAGGACAACCAAGAGGGAGCACCGAGCAGGGAAAGACCUUGUCUGUCCUGUUACUGGAACAGAAAGAGGGGCUGACACAGUGUGUGACACAGCUGAGGCCCAUUGUGGAGUUCCUGCAAACAGCCGAGGAAGGAUUCCUGCCCAGCACUGAGAGAAGGGUGAUUCUCAGUUGCUGUGAGAGCGGAACACCCAAGGAGGCGAUAGAGAAUUUGUUGCACAGAAUAACUGAAGAGAAGACCCUGACUGCUGAGAGUGUGCUCAAGCUCCUCCAGGCUGUGAAGAUGGCAUUCCCGCACUUGGACCUUCUGCUGGAGAAUUUGCAGAGGUUAGCUGCAUUGCCCAGUGCCACAGCCCGGUCAAGCCCUGGUGAUUUGGGAACUGAGCUCUUGCAGCGGUACCAAGAAAACCUCUCUGAAAUUUUCACCGACAACCAGAUGUUACUACAGGUGAUCCCACAUGUGAGGAGCAUAACCCCUGGAGAAAGAGAGGUCAUGGAGAAGCUUGUGAAACGUGAUCCUGGUUCGGGGGGGUUCAGCUCCCUGCUGUCAGCAGUUCUAGAAAAGCAGACCCUCUCUGCAACAGCUGUUUGGCAGCUUCUACUGGAACAGAAGACCAAGUCGUGCCCGUUGAAUCUGCUCCUGGAGCAAGUGCGGAGGGAGCCUGGCGCAGACGCCUUCUUCCAGGCAGUGACCGCCCCAGAAAGUGCUGCCUUAGAAGUGUUCGUGAGGCACAACAGACUGAUUAGAGAGGCAAUCCAGCAAAGUCUUGAGCUCAAGUCUCUCGCCUCAGAGGAGGAGCGCCUGGCAGAGACUGUGAAAGAGAUGCUGAGCAUUCCCUCUGAGGCAGCCAGCCCUGAAGCUUCCCUGAGAAUGGCACUGAGUAGAGCCAUGGACAAGUCCAUCUCGGCCGCUAAAAUGUGUCACCUCCUGCGCACUGUCCAUAAAUCCUCUCCCGACCUGCAGCCCGUCAUGCAGGAGCUGGCGCACCUGGGUGUCCUCACUAAGGAAGAUGGAGGGAAGGAAACGUGGACGGUGAGCAGCGCGUCUCACCUGGAAGGCAAUGACAGAGAAGGAGAAGAGGCAGCUGAACCAGCAGGAGACAAGUGCCAGUCCAGGGAACAAAACAGCCAAGGAGAGGCCGGCUCCUUGCCAGAACCACCGGAGAAAGAAGCUUCUGCCUCCCCUGACUCUGCCAAGAAAAGCUUCGUCUGUAAGGCCUGCGACAAAAGCUUCCACUUCUACUGCCGCCUGAAGGUGCACGUGAAGCGCUGCCGGGUGGCCAAGAGCAAACAGGUGCAGUGUAAGGAGUGCAAUGAGACCAAAGAUUCUAAGAAAGAACUGGAGAAACAUCAGCUGGAGGCCCACAGCACAGGAGGAGAGCCCGGCGCCCCCAAGAAGAAGAAGAAGAGGCUGCCAGUGACCUGCGACCUCUGUGGGAGGGAGUUUGCGCAUGCCUCAGGUAUGCAGUACCACAAGCUGACAGAGCACUUUGAUGAGAAGCCGUUCUCCUGUGAGGAGUGUGGCGCCAAGUUCGCAGCCAAUUCUACCCUGAAGAACCACCUGCGCCUUCAUACCGGGGACCGCCCGUUCAUGUGCAAACACUGCCUCAUGACCUUCACCCAGGCCUCUGCUCUGGCCUACCACACCAAGAAGAAACACUCAGAAGGGAAAAUGUAUGCCUGCCAGUACUGCGAUGCUGUGUUUGCCCAGUCCAUUGAGCUGUCCCGCCACGUGAGGACCCAUACCGGCGACAAGCCAUAUGUCUGCAGGGAUUGUGGCAAGGGCUUCCGGCAAGCCAAUGGCCUCUCCAUCCACCUGCACACCUUCCACAACAUAGAAGACCCUUAUGACUGCAAGAAAUGCAGGAUGAGUUUCCCCACUCUGCAGGAUCACCGGAAGCACAUCCACGAGGUGCACUCCAAGGAGUACCACCCCUGCCCCACGUGCGGGAAGAUCUUCAGCGCGCCCUCCAUGCUGGAGCGCCAUAUGGUGACCCACGUCGGCGGGAAACCCUUCAGCUGUGGGAUCUGCAACAAGGCCUACCAGCAAUUGUCCGGUCUGUGGUACCACAAUCGGACCCAUCACCCAGACGUGUUUGCUGCUCAGAACCAUCGGUCUUCCAAGUUCUCAUCCCUGCAAUGCAGCUCGUGUGACAAAGCCUUUCCCAACAGCAUCGAACACAAGAAGCACAUCAAAGCAGAGCACGCAGAUAUGAAGUUCCACGAAUGUGACCAGUGUAAGGAGCUCUUCCCCACACCAGCCUUGCUGCAGGUUCACAUCAAGUGCCAGCAUUCAGGGGCCCAGCCCUUCAGGUGCUUGUACUGUGCAGCUACGUUCCGCUUCCCCGGGGCCCUGCAGCACCAUGUCACCACCGAGCACUUCAAGCAGUCGGAGAGCACCUUCCCCUGCGAGCUCUGCGGGGAGCUCUUCACCUCCCAGGCUCAGCUCGAGGGUCACUUGGAAUCUGAGCACCCCAAGGUGAUGGGUGCUGAGACCCAGGCAGCUGCCUCGCAGGUAGUGCAGGUGAUCCAAACCCCAGAGCCAGUGGCUCCAGCAGAACAGGUGAUCACUUUGGAGGAGACCCAGCUUGCCGGAUCCCAGGUGUUUGUGACAUUGCCAGAUUCCCAGGCAUCUUCGACCGGCUCUGAGCUCGUGGCCGUGACCGUGGAGGACUUGCUCGAUGGCACCGUGACCUUAAUCUGUGGAGAAGCCAAGUGAUGGGCCAGGCUCCCACACCUGCCCAGAGAAGGCAGCACAGCUAGCAUAUGCCUGCGCUCUCUGGCCAUCCUGAGUGGGAGCCUCUUAGCCUAGCACCGACCGGAAUGGCUUCACUUGGAAAGCAGACAGAGCAUCCUUGUUCUCAUGGAACCCAUUAUGUCUGAGUCAUCGCUGCUGACUCCACCAUCCUCACUAGCAGACAGGCCUGUGGCCUCAGCAUUUGUCACAGCACUAUCCCCAGCCCCUGCCAAGGAAAGCUUCCAAAAUAGAGUGAAUGAGCAGUGUAAUGGGAGCUGGUGACAGAGCAGUCAGGGAGGUGCCGUGUGCCGGCAACCCUUGGUGGCAGAAUGGCAUUUAGAAGUACUGCCAGUGUCUCUGGCCAUUGAGCAGUGAGAGAAACCCAGCCAAGCCGUCCAGAGACCUCGCUCUGAGCUCAUGGCUCCUCCUCACUUAGGCUCCCCAUUGUGCCCGGUGACCAUGCCCAAAUGUUGAUGCGGGAAGGGUCAGUCCUUCCUCAGCCAAAGCCUUUGGGGCGUUUCUGCCGCCAGGGUUUAAUGUGAGACCAUCUGGCAAUGAAGAUGGUCUCUGCAUCUCCAGCAAUUCCAUCCUGGUGUUCCUUCCUGAGGGCUGGUUCCCACAGCUCUCCCCUGCAUGUGUUCCUCAUCUCCUUCCUGGAACCUAAGGCUUAAUCUUACGCCUAACCUGGAGGCCUUGCUCCCUCGCAGCUGUGACCUGCACCUGCCAGGCCAUCUGGUGUCACAGGAGAAGCAGUUACUGCUGGCCGAGCACUCCCAGGCUCCCACUGCUGCAAGUCAUUGAGCCUUUUGAAUCUGAAUUUCAUAAUGCUUUUUUAUCUUUAGUUCCUGUGAUAUAAUCUGAUAAUUAAUGGUUUGUGGAAUCCAUUACGAAGUGCAAUUAGAUGGAUGGUCCCUGCCGUUGAGGGAGAAUGACUAGCGUUUAUCUUCUUUUCCUUUGAGCCAAAGGUUGCAGUCUCUAGUGGAUGUUUACACACCAGGCAGGCCUUCCUGCCACACUGUGGCUUGAGCCCUGGGGAGGAGCAUGUCCUGAACUCGUCAUUGGCCUUAGAACGACAGGCUGGCAAGGUCAGGGCUGCACUACACAGGGACCUUCCCACUGGCCACUGUGUGCAGCAGCAGCUCCGGCCAGCUCUCCCCAGCCAGCCAGUUGCCUCCUGGCCUUCUCCCAUUUUCAUGGGCAAACUGCCUGGGAUUGCCAGUUCAGCAUCUCCCCAUGCUGAAGUAAAUGGAGUGUUUGAAAGACAGUUGGCCUCAGAAGCCAAGAACUGACCAGAAGAUGGUGCUCAAACCUUUAAGACUUGGGCUCCCUAUGACUCUGAAGGCCUCGCUUGCUGCUACCAAGACUGCCCCUGACUCGGGGUUUAGUCCCGGGAGCUGCCAGUAGGCUCUUACACUGCAAGUGGCACCGAAUAAAACCCGGUGACACACUGGAGGAGCACGUGCUUCCAGCCUUGGUACUAAACCCGAGGACAAGAAUGUAACAGCUUAGAAGCCAUGGUGCCAAUGUCACCAAGACAACAAGCCAAAAAAAAAAAAUUAGUGGCUGAAGACCUAGAGAUGAGAGUGAUCUUAAAAAUCUGAAUACAGAGCUAAGAGUUCCAGUAUCAGAUGCUUUCCUGCACUAAGAAUCCCUUUCUUGGGUUUCAGCGGCGAUCACAGUGUGGCAGAACCCCCAAACAGCCGGCCUGGCAGUUGGCUCAGCCGAGGUCCAGCAGAGGCAGGGUGUGCUGGGGACAUCGGGGGCUCGCAGUGGGAGGCGGGGCCCUGCCUGGAGCUGCUUGCUCGCUCAGCUGGGCCUCUGCCUGGGCGGCUGACAGUACCCCAGAGAAGCCUGAGCGUGGGUGGCACUGCACUCCUUGCAUGGCCAGAGUGUUCAUAUCUCACACUCUUGCCCCAAAAAACCCUUGGAAUUGCCACCACAGAGGCUGCUGUCCUGACCACCUUGUACCUGGAGGUGCUGCUGGGCUGUGGAGAAGUGCUCGUCUCAGGACUUGUGGAUUAAUCACAUGAGACCCCAACCUUCUCAACUCCCAGAGCCCGUGAGCCAGCCAGUGAGGAAGCCACAGAGCCCAGCGUCCAAGCUGGAAACUUCGUCCUGUAGAAGAAGUGGCAUCAGUGGCAGGACAGUGGCCCUCAACAGGGGAAACACAAAAAUUGAGAGCAAGGGCCACCACAGGAGGAUGACGUUGGCCCUUCGUGUCCCAGACUCUGAGUCAAACUGGGCACCAAAGGAACAGCAGCGGGCAGGGACAGAGAUCAUUAGGCAUUUUGGUUUUUGGCUUGCGUUUCCUGACUCAAGCUCUGUGGUUGGAAGAUCAGCCCAGUGAGUGGCGGUGCCUCACCAAGGGAACAUUGUCAUUUACAGCGCCCCCUGGAGGAACCUCAGGCCAGAGCGCCUGAUGGUCAGGGGCGGCGAGAGAAAAUAAGGUCCAGACAGCGGGUGAAUGGGAAAAUGAAGGCUCAGUUUUCUGCCUGCAGGCUCAGUCAGGGAAGGAUGAGACCCUGAGAGGUCUUUCCCAUCCCUGGGGUCGUGGCCCUUGCGAUGCCAAGACAGACAACAUCCUAAUAGGUUGGGAGGCUGAACCUUUUGAGUCUCGUGCCUGAGAACCAGGGCACCAAGUGCUAGGGGAAGCUGAGCAGGCAGCUCCGGGAUGAGUGGUAUUUCUGUGGGGAGACGGGAGGAGGGGGUUGUCAGCAUCUCCAGGAAGAGCUGAGCAGCCCCAGGCCCAGCCCUGGCCUGCUUAGCCUGUGGAUCCCAGAGAUACUUGGAAAGUAGGAAGACAAUGGAACUAAAAGAAAGAUUUAGGGCUGGAGGGGUGUUGGAGACAGGUUGAUAAUUGUUUCUGUUGCCAUGGAAGCACUGGGGCUGGUAGGACUUGGACUGGAGCAGAAACUCCAAAAUUCACAGCAGCUGCAGCUGAGCGUGUAUGGGAGCCAGAGGCUGGCUGCACCCUGGGACCACCUGACCGGGACAGCCCCUUCCCUAGCUGCUGAGACUGCGCCCUCUGCUAGGCCAAGGCCAGUCACGCCUGCAGCCACGCGAUGCUGUACACACUGGGCUGCAAGCCAUGACUGAUGUUCAACGUGUACUCUAUCAAUAAAAUGUGUACUUUGAA